UUAGGGCCACAGAAUUCAUACUCAGGGACAGACAGAAUUGUUACUGAGUGCCAGAGAAUUGUUAUUAGGGCCACAGAAACGUUAUUAGGGCCACAGAAUUGUUACUCAGGGACAGACACAGAAUUGUUACUGAGUGCCAGAGAAUUGUUACUUAGGGCCACAGAAACAGAAUUGUUACUUAGGGCCACAGAAACGUUAUUAGGGCCACAGAAUUGUUACUCAGGGACAGACAGAAUUGUUACUGAGUGCCAGAGA